GCCGCCGCCGCAGUCGACUCGCGCCGCCACCGGCCGCCGCCGUCAGUCACACCACGCUCCGCCAUAUUGCAACACGACACCGAGUGGCGCGCGCUUUUCUAAAAAAAAAACAACACGAAUUCAAAAAAAGAAGUUUGUAACAUAAACUUCCGCGUUCGUUUACCUUGAACCGAUUCAAGCUAUAAACGAAACCUAACCAGUGCUUCCAUCUAAUGUGUUCAGUCAGCUGAUCGACCGGCACCCAAAUUGUGUGUUACCCCUGAAAAAGGAAACCUUAAUUGGGCAGCCAGUACCGCAGCCCAAUGCGUCACGACCCAGCAUCCGAGUGAUGCCCCAGCAACCCCACUGACCAGCAGACGUGACGUCACCAUGUCGGUGGAGACCCAGGAGUACAUCAACGGCAUGCGGCCCGGCCCGCUCACUAGUGAAAUCCCAGAAUGCAUGCGGGACAAAUACACGGUGGUCCAGGGAGCGAUGGACCUGAUAGUGUUUCUGUUAGUGGUGGUGCGGCAUAUAGUGAGGGCGAUAUGGCAGUCGAUAGUGGGGGCGCCAAAGAAGGAGCUGAAGGGGGCGGUGGCGGUGGUGACGGGGGGCGGGGGCGGGCUCGGCAGCCUCAUCGCGCUGCGCCUCGCCCGGCUGGGCUGCAAGGUCGUGCUGUGGGACAUCAAUAAGCAAGGGUUGGAAGACACAGUGAAGCUGGUGAAGGGCAUCGGUGGCGACUGCUGCGGCUACACGGUGGACCUGGCCAGCCGCGAUGACAUCUACCGGGUGGCUAAGAAGGUGCACGAGGAAGUCGGCAGGGUGACCUUACUCAUCAACAACGCGGGCGUGGUGUCGGGGCAGUACCUGCUGGACACGCCCGACCACCUGAUCCAGAGGACCUUCGACGUCAAUGUGCUGGCGCAUUUCUGGACGGUAAAGGCCUUCCUGCCCAUCAUGGUGGAGCACAACUCGGGCCACAUCGUGACCAUCGCGUCCAUGGCGGGCCACGUGGGGGUGGCCAAGCUGGUGGACUACUGUUCUUCCAAGGCCGCGGCCUGCGGGUUCGACGAGGCCCUGAGGCUGGAGCUCGAGGUCCGCGGAGCUACAGGGGUGCACACGUCGCUUAUCUGCCCCUACUUCAUCCGGUCUACUGGCAUGUUCGAUCAGGUUAAUUCUAGGUUCGUGCCUCAACUGAACUCUAACGACGUGGCGGACCGCGUGGUGCUGGCCAUCCGCACCAACGAGACGCUGGCCGUCAUGCCCGGAUACUUCCGACUCUUCAUGCCCUUCAAGUGGUUGGUCCCAUGGCCGUGUAUAUCUGAGUUCCUGCGUGGUCUGGUACCGGACGCGGUGCCGAUCAACUCUGCGCACGCGCCGCAGCCGGCCGCGCCCCCCGCGCCCGUGCUGCCCCCCAGCAAGCCCGACUCGCGGCCAAUGACGUUGCUGCAUCCCUCGCGCCACGACCGCCGCGUCUGACCGCUGCGGUUCGACCGCCGCGACAAAAACGUCGCGUUGCCGGCCGCUCUUAUUUUUCUACGGUGCAACGUCAUAUCGUGAUAUUGAUAGAAUGUUGGAUGGGAUUUUCAUUUACUUCAAUGUAUCAGGUUACAGUUUGAUUGAGCACCUACGGUAGUUACAGGAUGUAAGGUAGCUUUGUUAAUAAAUAUCCGACCUUACCUACUGGACCGAAGGUGCUCUUUCGACAAACUAGUCACGCGGAAUGUGAUUGUUAACUUUAAAUAAACAUUGGUGUCUUUUAGACCUAGGGGUAACAUCUCCUAUCUUUAUAACAUACGGCUGACUUUAUACAUAUAUAAUACCUAGAUAUAUAAAAAUGUUACUUAUCAUAGAAUCUUUAAUACGAACGUAAUGUUUUUAAUAAGGAUUGGGAUUAAUAUAAUAUGGGGCCUUUAUUUGAUUAGUACAUAUUUGACGAUACGAAAUUUAUCAAGUCAUUUCAAAUUUACAUUCCUUAUGUUGAAGAUAUUUUUGGUAAUAAUUAAAAGUAUCUCCAAAAUUACUUUGUACUUAGAUUCUCUGUUUAAUUCGUAUUUUACAUUUUAUUUGUGGAAUAUUAUGUAAAAGCAUGAAUUAAUUAAACGAAAAGCCGCUUUUCAGUCUGACUAGGGUUAUGAAAAAGUCAAACUUCGAAUUAAGAACAUUCGAUUGGGAAAGACAACUUGAAGAAAUAGGUAACUUUUUAAACUCCCUUUGACCGUGUAAGGAGUUUGAUCUUACAUAGGUGCAUUAGUUAAAAUAGUAUUCAAAUGUUAUAGCUAUUUCCGUGUUACGAGUUAUGACACGACUUGACCAAAAAUAGUCACUGGACCUUUUCAAUUAUAGCUUUUGUAAUUAUUAGCAUUAACACGUUUCUGUUACUUACCAAGUUCUUCAAUAUUAACUUAGGUUAAGUAAAUUAGUGUGAUACUGUGGUACUUAGUCAAUGUAAGGAUUUAUACGAGAUAAUAUUAUGUGAAUGUGAUACAAAUAUUGAUGAAAAAACAUUAUCUGAAUACCUACGUACUUAGUUAACCGUUCACCCACCAAACUUCAAAGCAACAUUAUAAGUGUACAAAGAUUAGUUAUUUUUGUAAAUCUGACAGUGCAGUCCUUAAACCUGUGUUUCCUAACACUUGGUGCUUUUAUGAGGAAAUAGACAAAUUUUUGAUCGAUUUAAUAAAUCAUUUAUGACGUUACAUAUGCCUGUUUCUUUAUAACUGCAUCCAUCCAUCUGUCUAUAUCAUAGUACCCAUGAUUAACGCAUAAGACAUAAGGGCGACAUCGUGUUUUUAUGUUUUGUACAUUGAACAAUAAAGUAUACUUAACUAUUGAGGAUAAGUACUUCAUCCUUUAUAGAAAACACAUUCAAAUUUAAAUGUAUGUACAUAACUAAAUUUAAUAUUUUAGCUUGCCACAUUAACUAUGUUACUUUAUAGUUUAAAAAAUAUGUUACCUCUUUCAUGUAGUAAUUAACUUCUUUUAUAAUGCUAAUAAAUCGAGGAAAUUUAGUUAUAAUAUUGCUCAAUUUUUUGGCUCAAUUUUUGUAAUAAGUAAUUAUAUUUUGGUCUUCCUUACCUAUGGAAAAUGUGAUAAAGAUACUAGCAUCUUGGGUACAAAACUAACUAACUACCCAGUGGUUUUAGAAUCUAUGUUAUGAGAAUCGAAAAUGAGCCUUAUAUCCAUAUCCAUUGUGGUGCUAUAAAAUUGGAUAUAACAAAAUAUAUAGGUAUGGAAUUUUAGACUAAGGUGGGUAAUUUCAUUUACCUAUAAAAUAUUAGUAUAAACCCUGAGCAAUAAAGGAAUUUAAGAAUUGUUAUCAUUAGAGGAGUAUGAAAAGUUUUUUUUUUAUAUAACGCCGUAAUUAAAUACGUGAAAUUAUAA